AUGGUAUUAUUUCAAUUACCACCAUCAGCUCCAUGUCCAAGAUUAUGUGUAAUGAUAAAAAAAUCAUUAAAUCAGGAAUAUGGAUUUAAUCUCCAUGCUGAAAAAGUUAGAGGACAAUUUAUAGGAGCAAUAGAUAAUGAUAGUCCUGCUGAUAUUUCUGGAUUACGUUCUGGUGAUAGAAUUUUUGCUGUAAAUGGUGCAUUAGUUCAAGGAGAGUCACAUAAACAAGUUAUUCAAAGAAUUAAAGAAAAUCCUUUACAAUGUGAACUUCUAGUAAUAUCUGAAGAAGGUGCUGAAUGGUAUUUUAAAAAUAAAAUUCAAAUAACACCAUCUUUACCAAAUGUAAUUAGAGUUUGUAGAGAGUGGGAAGAUUCUAUGAGACCAAACAAUAAUCGUGGUAAAAGGUUAUCGUAUAUUUAUUUAACACAAAACGAUAGUAUUUUUAUAAAUAAUAAUUCAUUAAAUUUUAAAAAUAACGAUGAUGAAGAUAAUAAUAAUAGUGAUAAAUCUAUGACUUUUUUUUAUACUUUAAAUAAAGAAAUGAUGAAAAAUAAAAAACGUUUACGUAAUUUUUCAUCCCCACAAUUACAAAAGAUUACCAGAAAUGUUAAGUAUCAAUCUUUUGCUGCUGAUAGUUUAUCUUUAUCAUCAUUUUUAUCACUAUCACCACAGGUAGAAAAUAAAUCAAAUAUGGUUACAUUUAAAGGUAGUUCAUAUGCCAGUUUAGUAAGUCAGAGUCAAAAAUCACCCAAAAUUUGUGAAGAAACAAUAAAAGAAGAUAAUAGUAGAAUUAAUUCUGGAUACAAUACUAAUCUCAUUCAACAACCAAUGCUUACACUUCAAACAGCACCAAGACCACGUCUUUGUUAUUUAAGAAAAAAUGAUCCAAGUGAAGAGUUUGGUUUUAAUGUUCAUCUAGAAAAUGGUAAAGGACAUUAUAUAGGAGUUGUUGAUUAUAAUGGUAUUGCUUAUAAUGCAGGACUUGAGACAGGUCAACGUAUUGUAGGAAUUAAUAAUCAAAUUAUUUAUCCUAACACUCCACAUAAAGAAGUUGUUACUCUUAUUAAAAGAACACCUUUAGAAGCACGUUUAUUAGUAGCAUCUGAAGAUGUUGAUAAAUGGUAUAUAGAUAAUAAUAUUGAAUACAAUUUUGAUAAUUGUAUAUAUUUUAAACAAAAUCUAUCACCAUCAACAAUUAUUAAUUCUAAUAAGAUUCCAAAUAGUCGUUCAAGAUUGGAUCCUCAAAUAAACAAUCUUUCUCCUAUACCUAGAAGUAAUAAUGCACGAUCAAUGUCUUGUGGAUCUAAUAGGACAAAUAAAAGUACUUCAUCAUCUGAAAAUGAUUGGAAAGAAAGUCAAAAUAAAUUAACCGGUAAUGAUAUUGGAAAUAAAACAUUUUUAAAUAAAGAUAAUAAAAAAAAUUACAAGUAUUGUGAAGAAAUUACCGUAAAAAAAUCAUUUGUAGAUAAUGUUGUUCAUUCUAAUAAUCCUUUUGAAGAGAAUGAUGAUGAAUCAAAUAAUAUGAAUGUUAUACUUGAAAAGGAACCAGAAAUUACCGAAUGUCGAAUUAUUACACCCAAACCACGUUCAAGAAGUCCUGUACCAAUAGCUAAUUGUAAACCAUUUGGUGGAAAUGUUGAUGUUAAUUCAAUUCAUAUAAAUAAUUCUGUUAACAAUAAUGAUAUAAUAAAAUACUCAGAUUAUUCAAAUAACAAAAAAUCAAAUAUGGAUAUUUUCUCUUUAAGUGCAAAAGAAGCAAGAAAAAUGAUGGCACUUAAUCGUAAAAAAGAUCCUAGAAAACAAAAUACAAUGUCAAUUGAACAAAAAUAUAAGCUUAUAUCUAGUUUAUAA